GCGGGGCGGUCCUGCGGCGGUGGCCGCGGCUGUCAGCAGCGCCCGGAGCGGCCAUGGGGGCGCGCGGCCGCCGGGGCCCCUGAGAGCGCCGCGCCCCGGCCCCGGCGCCGCCGCCAUGGAGCUGGAGCCGCCCGCCGAGCUCCCGGAGCCGCGCGCCGCCGCCGCCAAGGGGCCGCCGCGCAGCGCUACAGAUGUGGAGCAGAUGAGUUCCUCUUCUCCUGUCCUUCCUAUGAACUCCAUGGGCAAUGACCGGGUUGACCAGCGAACCUGCCUGAUCUGCGGGGACAGAGCCACGGGUCUGCACUAUGGGAUCAUCUCCUGCGAGGGCUGCAAGGGGUUUUUCAAAAGGAGCAUUUGCAACAAGCGGGUUUACAGAUGCAGCCGAGACAAGAACUGCGUCAUGUCACGCAAGCAGCGCAACAGAUGCCAGUACUGCCGGCUGCUCAAAUGCCUCCAGAUGGGGAUGAACCGAAAAGCAAUCAGAGAGGAUGGCAUGCCAGGAGGCAGAAACAAAAGUAUCGGACCUGUCCAGAUAUCGGAGGAAGAGAUUGAAAGAAUUAUGUCUGGACAAGAAUUUGAGGGAGAGGCAAACAUGUCAUGGAGCAACAACGGAGACAGCGACCACAGUUCCCCUGGAAAUGGAGUUUCUGAGAGCAACCAGCCUUCACCUGUUUCUACUCCAUCUUCAAGUAGGUCUGUGGAGCUGAAUGGAUUCGCUGCACUCAGGGAUCAGUAUAUUGGGACGCCAGUGUCCAUGCACUAUCAGUACCUCCCGCACCUUUUUAGCUAUUCUGCUCACUCGGCUCUGAUGCCCCCGCAAGCGCGCAGUCUGGACCCCCAGUCGCACAGCCUGAUCAAUCAGCUGGUGUCAGCGGAGGACUUGGAGCCGCUCGGCACUCCGAUGCUCAUUGAAGACGGGUAUAAAGUGACUCAGGCAGAGCUGUUUGCAUUGUUGUGUCGUCUGGCGGAUGAAUUGCUUUUCAGGCAGAUUGCUUGGAUCAAGAAGCUGCCGUUCUUCUGUGAACUCUCGAUCAAGGACUAUACCUGCCUGCUCAGCUCCACCUGGCAGGAGCUGAUCCUGCUUUCCUCCCUGACUGUUUACAGCAAGCAGAUCUUUGGUGACCUCGCGGAUGUCACCUCCAAGUACUCUCCCUCUGAUGAUGAGCUGCACAGAUUCAGUGAAGAGGGGAUGGAGGUGAUGGAGCGGUUGAUCUACCUCUUUCGCAAAUUUAACCAGUUGAAGGUCAGCAACGAGGAGUAUGCAUGCAUGAAAGCCAUUAACUUUCUAAACCAAGACAUUAGGGGUCUGACUAACGCGUCCCAGCUGGAGCAGCUGAACAAGCGGUACUGGUAUGUCUGCCAGGAUUUCACAGAGUACAAAUACCCCCAUCAGCCCAACCGUUUUCCGGAUUUAAUGAUGUGUUUGCCAGAGAUACGAUAUAUAGCAGGAAAAAUGGUGAACGUCCCGCUGGAGCAGCUGCCUCUCCUUUUUAAGGCCGUUCUACAUUCCUGCAAGACGAGCGCGAGCAAAGAGUGAGCCCAGCUUGCCCCCGACCCGUGCCUUACUCUGUGCCUCAGGCAGGGAGCGGGCUCACCUGGAGAGGAAGGGGGAAACAUGACCAGGGCAGGAGGGAAGUGCUGAGACAGGGCAAUGGGUGUCCCUGCCAUUGUAGCAAGAACCUUUUGUGUUUGUUUUUGUUUUUUUACUCUUUUUCCUAUAUAUUUAUUUCACGACAGAGUUGAAUGUAUGAUCUUCAACACGAUGCACAUGGUUCUGUAUGAAUGCAGCAGAUGCAUUCUCCAGCAGUUUACAGAAUGUGAAGAUGUUUAAUGUGACAGUGUUUGUUAGGGUUAGUUCUUUUGUAUUUUGGGGCUGGGGACUGAGAUGACUAAGACUACCUCAAGGAGAAGAUGCUGUUCGCGCACUGCUCUUUCCAUGAUUUGUAUCCAAAAGCGUUUGUCAAAGAGCACAAACUGCCUCACCUCACUGACAGAGCUGUUAGCAUCCCAAAUGGACAGUUUUGGAGAAGUGGGUGUUAGAGAAGUGCCAAGCUUCAUUUUUGUUAUUGUUUAAGG